AUGGAUUUCUCUUCUGAACAGAAUUCAAUUAUGUUUCUUUUACUCUUGAUACCAAUCUAUAUGGUAGCAGCGCAAGAAACAUCCGAAAUUCUGGAUGCAACAGAUUUAGAUGGUGGAGUAAUGAACAUAACAGAUCCUGUAACUGAUUCAGGACAGCAGAUAACAAAUGGUAAUGCGACAAUGAACUGGGAAAAUUUGGAGACGGAAGAAAUUAUUUCUGCUAUGGGAAACGAGGAAUUUCACAACAGAACAAACGAUUCGGUUGUGAACACUACCUCGAAGAUGCCUGCAAUUGGUGGAUUCAUAUCGAAGGAAAUUUACGACCAGGCUAUUCAGAUUACGCAAAAUAUUUGGUUGCCAGUGUGCUGUAUUGGAUUGGUAACUAAUAUUCUCAAUAUUGUUGUCUUUUUGGACAGAGAAAUGAGGAAAAGUGCCACUAGUUUGUAUUUGGUUGGUAUAAGUUUACUUCAAAUAACUUACUUCAUCGUUACUUCGAUAAGGCGCAUUCCGCCCUUAAUUUAUGGUGAAUAUGCAUAUACAAAAACUAAAUUCUACCUGCUUAGUGUUAUUUAUCUGAGUAACUAUUUUGGUGCCGCGUUGACAAGAACUGUAUAUUGCUUGGUCAUGCUGGUAGCAUUUGAAAGGAUGAUGGCGAUACUCUUUCCAAUGAAACUAGCGAAAACAAGAUUGGUCAAAUCACCUAUAAUUUGUAUGAUAUGUUUGAUAAUCGUAUCAAUGACUUUCCACGUCUAUUUAGCUUUGUCUUUUUACUUGUCAGAAACUAUUGGAGAAGAUGGUAUCGUGAAAUAUGGAAUGAUAAGAACCGACUUUGAUCCGGUUGUUAUCAAUCGGUUCAGCAUGGCAGCAAAAAUAAUCUUUGUGUAUAUUCCAAUAAUAGGAUUAUUUGUCUUUAAUGUUGUAUUGUGUGUGGCGCUAAAAAGAAGUUUUAAAACCAGAAAGAGCUUACAGGAAAGUAGAAGCGAUAGAAACCAGGAAAAACGAGAGCGCCAGACAACCAUAGCUAUUCUCGUGACUACGUGUAUAUUUUUUGUUCUCUCCUUGCCGAUGCCUAUCAAUUCGAUUGUAGUUAAUUUGGUUCCCGAAUAUAAUUAUUUCAAUGAAAAUCGUUACACAUUUCUCUUUGUUCAGGAGGUUGGAAGUUUAUUGAGUAUUGUUAGUUAUUGUGUUGAUUUUGUAACAUAUCUCAUUAUCAGUUCUAGGUACAGGCUCACUCUCAUGAAAAAAUGUUUACCUUGUCGUUAUCAUUUGAAAAGUAAAAUUCACUCCACCAACACCCAGGUUUCAGGGAAAAGUCUUUCAACAGGGUCUGGUUAA